UUUCAAAAUGGCGGCUGCAUCAGCACGUUGUGUAAGAUCUCUCUUAAAAUCCUCGUGUACUUUAGGCAGAGCUGCGUCUUCUACAAAUACUUUAAUCAAAGGAAGGCAGAUAUCGUCUCUGGUAUUAAGAUCUUCGACUGCUGCUUUUAAAGACAGUGGACUAUUACAAAAAAUUGCUAGAGAUGCCAUGGCCAAGAAUUUAGCUAGAAGACAUACUAGAUUGUCAACUGCAGUCAGUCAACAUCUGUUGGUAGCAACUGUGGACUUAUCUGUUGAGGGAGGAGAGGGGUCUGGUGAUGAACUUAGCAUUGAAAUUAUCUCUGAUGAAGAUGAUCAAUUGAGAAUUUAACAUUGGCUUAAUAUUUCACUCUGACUAAUUCAACUUGCUAAAAGUUAGUGAAAAGUAUGAAGAGUUUUAUAUGUUGAAUGGCGUUUUGACAUUGUCAUCCAAUAACAAGCUAAAGUACUGUUUUAGUUCAAGGCUGUCUCCCUCUUCUUUUGCAACAAGAAGUCUGCAGUCUGUAUUAGGUGAUAUAAAUCAAUAAAAAUGUUAUACGAAUAUUUCCUGAGUCCAAACAAUGAGGUAUUGCUUCGAAGGUUUAUUGUCUAUUGAGUUUUCAUUAAUUUGUUCAUUUUUGUGUGAUGUUAGGUUUGAUUGCAAACCCAAUUCCAGCAGUGAUUAUAAACAGUGAAUCUGAUGGCGACAGUGUUGACGGCCUGUUAUUGGAUGACGAUGAAACAUUUUCGUGCUUAGAUGAUGAGGCAAUUCACAAUGAGCUCUGACAAAUGCCCUCACCAGAAACUUAAUCUAUGUAUUUUAACAAUUGUAUUACCUAUUAAUAUAUAUGUAAGUGAAAAUUUCUAUGCUGUAUUUUUUGUUAUUAUUUCUCUUAGUCAUUGUGAAAUAUUAUUAUUUAUAAUGGUUCUUUUUUACCUGAGUUACAAGUUAUUAUAUUAUUUUGUAAUUUUAUAAAAGGAGGUUUCUGGUGAAUGAUAUUAUUUUGGUUUAGCAAAGUUAAUAUUUUUUUAGUGUCCUUUUUUGGUGGAUAGUCAGUUUUAAAGUAAAUUGUGAGUAUAGAUUACUGGUUGAAAUACUUUCUGUAAUGUUUGUUAUUAUCAUUAAUAAAGAUUUAUCUCAUCAUGAA